UAACUGUAAAGCAUUAAGCAAAAUUGAUCGAUUUGCAUCUGAAUGAGAAUGUUUCAUCAUUUGUCGCAAUAUGUAAAACACAAUGGAGCAAUUCAAUUAACCCGAAAAAGAUAAAGCAGAGAAAACACAACUUAAGUUACCUUAGCCUCAGAAACUGGGUUUGUCUUUAGCAUAUCCCAGUUGCUUUGACAUGUUUGGAUGUUCUGAGGAGAUAUUUCUCUCCUCUCAAUUACUAUAGUCAGGCAAAGGGCCACGUCCCCCUCCUUAACUACCAGGUUUUCUGAGUGGUAGCCAUGCUGUUUCCAAACACGUGGCAAUGCUUCACUCGUUCAACUCAGCCAACCAAAAUCACCCACACCACACACUCCUAUAACUUUCCCCUCCAUAUAUAAAGUCCUAUUGUGGAGAGGGGGUUGCAUUAUUCUCAGAGAAGAAACAAACAUGGGACUCAGAGUUCUUCCCUUGUCACCUUCACACAACAGUUUCUCACCAAACUUAGGAGUUGCUCAAACCUUGCCUAGGCAUCACAGGCUCAGCAGGAGCUCGAAAUUCGUGGUUGUUUCAGCCAAAGUAGAUGAAAAAAACGAGAACGAAGAACCCAAGAAGAGCAAGCAAUCUCUGUUUUCUAGUGUGACUGAGGCUCUUGAUUUCUCUCAAGUAAGAUCAGUGGAGGAUGCCCAGCUUCUGGAGAAGGCCAGAGAUGCCACUCAGUCUGGAGGGAGGAUGUCCAGGGAACAGUAUGGAGCUCUCAGAAGGAAAAUUGGAGGAACAUACAAGGAUUUCUUCAAAUCAUACGUAGAUGUGGAUGGACAAUACGUCGAGGAGGGUUGGGUCGAUAAAACCUGCAAAGUAUGCAAGGAGGACACCAGAGGGGAACCCAGGCAGGUGGACAAGUUUGGAAGAUAUGUUCAUGUGGCAUGUCUAGAGAAGUCUAAUUCCGGAAAUUUUUUCACUAGGCUGUUCUCGAGAUGAAGGGGAUGAUUCCAUGGCCAAAAACUGGACUUUCCUUGUCCUUUUUUCUUGAUUUGUUUUGUUGUAUACGCUUAUAGCAACGUGUGGAGGAGAGUUGCUUUCAUGGCUUCCUUUCAUAAAUUGCAGACUCCAUGAAGGGAGGCCAAUCUUGUAUUCUUCUCACAAUGAAUGUUAUGAUCCACAAAGGAAACUUCCAAGUA